AUGCUCGCCAUCCACAGCUGGCCACGGCUGCUGGCCGUCGGCAUCUUUGCUCUCUUUACGGCCUAUACCAUUCUUCUGUACGGAAGGCCAGCAUGGCUGCCGGCACCACCACGGCCUUGGGACGAGGUCAAGAGUGCUGGUCAGACAGAAGGGCAGGCGAGCAGCAAGAACAACAGCUGUAUAAACGAAGGAGGUGGCGGCUGGAGCAGCUGGAGCAGCUGGAGCAGCAGCAACUACACGGCACCAGAGCUUGCUCCCCCCGACUCGGGGACGAGUCACCCGAUCGACGGGCUGAUCGACGAGGCGCGGACGCACUUCAAAAGCAUGCUGGGGCGGCGGUCGUUGACGUUGGCCCAGGCAGCCUCGCGGUACCGUGAGCGACGACAGCGCCACCCGCCACCGGGUUUUGAUGCCUGGUGGGAGGCAGCGCAGUGCUGGGACGCGGUGGUGGUGGAGGACUUCUUCGACCGCAUCUACGACGAUGUGGCGCCGCUGUGGGCGCUGGACCCGGCGACGAUGCGGCGGCAGACUCGCACACAGCCGCAGGUGAUCCGGGUGCGCAACGGGACGGCGUCAUUUGUGACGGACAACGAGGGCCGACCGCCAUGGAUCCAGCACUGGACGGUGCUGGUGCAGGAGAUCGCAGCACAUCUGCCGGACCUGGACAUGGUGGUCAACGUGAUGGACGAGACCCGGCUGCUGGUGCCAUGGGAGAAGAUUGGCGAGUACGUGGCGGCAGAGCGGGCGUCGAGGAAGAUGCCGGCACCCGGGGAGGUGACGGGGAAUUGGAAGGGGGUGGACGACGUGGACGAGCCUGAGAACGAGCCCUACCAGCACCCCUGGAUCACCAACGAGGCCAACCGGUUCUGGGACCACCUGCGCGCAGCCUGUCCGCCCGACAGUCCGGCGCGCAAUGUGUCGGCACUGACAACCUUUGACGGUCCGGUCGAAUAUCCGGCGACGGCCAGCACAGCCUACACGCGAGCCGGGUAUGUGGCCAACGCGACGGCCGCCCGCGAUCCCUGUCUGCAGCCGCACCUGCGUGGGAUGCACGGGACGUUUAUCGAGAGCGUCAGCAUGUCGACGAGCCACGAGCUGCUGCCGAUGUUUGCGGGCUGCAAGCUGCCGCAGAACAACGAGAUCCUGAUCCCGGGCGCCAUGUACCUGACCGAGGACCCGUUCUACAGCGGCGGGGAGGCGCACGGGGCCGCCUGGGCGGACAAGCGGGCCCGCAUGGUGUGGCGCGGCACCGCGUCGGGCGGCCGCAACAAGGUCGACAACUGGUGGCAUUUCCACCGGCACCGGUGGGUGCAGAUGGCGAACGGGAGCACGGUGGCGGCGGUGGAGGGUGGCAGCAGCCGUGCCGGACCGUCGUUUGCCCUGCCGGCCGAAGCGGCUGCCGUCUACGACGUGCCAGCGCAGCAGGAGGGCCGUCUGGGCGGCUGGCUGGACGGGUUUGCCGACGUCGGGUUCGUGGACCUGGAAUGUUUCCCGCUGGAGCACGAGGCCGUGGACGGCGAUGGCGACGGCGUGGCCGAGACCGAGGCCAAGGUGCUGACGUGCGGCUACACGAGCCCGCACAUGGCCGUGGUGGCAGCGGUGCCGAUGCGCGAGCAGUACGACUGCAAGUUUCUGCCCGACGUGGACGGCAACUCGUACAGCGCGCGGUGGCGCAGCUUUCUGCGGUCAUCGAGCCUGCCGCUCAAGGCGACGAUCUACGCGGAGUGGCACGACGACCGGCUGGUGGCGUGGGCACACUACGCGCCGCUGGACAGCUCGUAUGUCGACCUCUACGGCGUGAUGGACUACUUUCUGGGGGGAGCGCACGGCGACGCGGCCGCCCAGCGGAUCGCGGACGAGGGCCGGCGCUGGGCCGAGGCGGUGCUGCGGCGCGAGGAUAUGCGGCUGUACGUGUGGCGGCUGCUGCUGGAGUAUGCGCGGGUGGUGGACGAUGGUCGAGAGCAUCUUGGGUAUGUGGGGGAUCUUGUGGAUGGGUGA